AUGAACCAUAUGAAAUUACUGCCAAGAAAACAGGUGUCAUCCAAAUUGUUAAAUUAUAUUCCUCAUCAUUGUGUAAUUAAAAACGACAGUUCUACAACACGACUUCGAGUCGUAUUCGAUGCGUCGUGCCAAACUUCUAAUGGUCUGUCGCUAAAUGACAUUCUUCUUACUGGACCUACACUGCAGGAUGACUUGUUCACCAUCUUAUUUCGUUUUCGUUUACAUCGUUUUGUUUUAAUGGCUGACAUUGAAAAAAUGUUUCGGCAGGUCUUCGUCAAUCCAGAUGAUUUAAGGUUUCAAUGUAUUUUGUGGCGUAAUUCAUCGAUGGAAGAAGUGGAUGUUUAUCAAUUACAAACCAUUACAUAUGGCACUAGCUGUGCCACAUUUUUAGCUACAAAGUGUUUACAGCAACUUGCUAAGGAUAAUGUAGAUGUUUUUCCAACAGGUGCUGAAGUUACCCUUAAAGAUUUCUACGUAGAUAAUCUAAUGACUGGUGCUAAUACAAUAGAGGAAGUUAUCGAAAUAAAAAAUCAAGUUGUUCAACUGUUAAAGAUUGGUGGAUUUCCAUUACGAAAGUUUGCAUCAAAUGUUCCUGAUAUUAUUAAAGAUAUUAGUUCAUCAGAUAAAGAACAAUUAAUAAAAAUACAUGGCACAGAGUUCAUAAAGGCACUCGGUUUAAAAUGGUCACCAAAGGAAGACAAUUUUCUUUUUAACUACGAAAUACCAUUAUCAAGGACAAAAACAACGAAACGUAAAAUUUUAUCCCACAUCGCCACAUUUUUUGAUCCAUUGGGUUGGAUAAAUCCUAUCAUCGUAAGUUGUAAAAUUUUAAUGCAACACAUGUGGACACUUAAACUUUCAUGGGAUGAAAGCGUACCCCAAUGGAUUGCCACACAAUGGGAAGAUAUUUGUCAACAAAUGCCGCAAAUAGCUGAAGUUAAAAUACCAAGGUUAGUACAAAUAAAUUCUGAUACUGAAAUUCAUGCCUUUGCUGACGCAAGUACAAAGGCCUAUGGAGCAUGCAUAUAUGCUGUUUCCAGAAUAGAUGGUACAUCGUCAUUGUUGUGUGCAAAAUCACGUGUUGCUCCGAUUAAAACCAAUUACAUUACCCAGACUUGA